CCACAAACGGACGUCGAGACUCUUCGAGUGGACAACGGCAUCGACGGCAUCGACGUCGUCGUCGCCGCCGUCGUCGUCGUCGUCGUCGUCGUCGACGGCGCCAUCGUCAUCUCCUGGUUUCUGGCCGCGGCCGAAGUGGAACGAACUUGGUCGCCGAUGUGUACUCCUCUUCUCCUUCGCCACUUUGGAUUUGGAUUCUCUGUCUGUCCGUCUGUACCCGGGUGCCCUGUGAAACGCUGAUCUACAGGAGGUCGUCGCGAGCGCGAGCAUAGCCGAUCGCUCCGAAGGGUUCUCUGCCGAUCCAUCCCGGAGGCUGCAGCGGCGGACACCAUUAUCGGAAUAAUGAAGAGAGAAGCUGAUGCAGGCGCUAUGACAGGCUCAGGAGGACCGACAAGUCCUCACAAGCGUUACAGACAGGGUGACGAUGAACUCCGUCUACUGAUCCCCAGCAAGGUGGCCGGUUCGAUAAUCGGCAAGGGUGGCCAGAAUAUCACCAAACUGAGAAGUCAGUACAAAGCCUCAAUCAUUGUACCCGAUUGCCCCGGACCCGAACGGGUGCUUACCAUCAGCUCGGAUCUGACCACCGUUCUUCAGGUGUUGAACGAGGUCGUACCUAAUCUCGAGGAGAACGGAUCUCGCCAUGGCAGCGAUGAGAUCGACGUGCGUAUGCUGGUGCAUCAGAGCCAGGCUGGAUGCAUCAUCGGCAAAGGCGGGCUAAAGAUCAAGGAGCUGCGCGAGAAAACUGGCGCCAGAAUCAAGAUCUACUCGCACUGCUGUCCCCACAGCACAGAUCGGCUGAUCAGCAUCUGUGGGAAGCCGAACACAUGCAUCGAAUGCAUCCGUGAACUGAUCGCCACUAUUAAGACUUCCCCCUUGAAGGGUGUGAACAACCCGUACGAUCCGCACAAUUUCGAUGACUAUUACGCCGACGAUUACGGCGGUUAUGGCAGCGGCGAGGGUGGCCAAGGCAAAGGCGGCGGUUUCGGCGGCCCAGGAGGUCGAGGUGGCGGCGGUGGUGGGGGCGGUGGUGGUGGCGGAGGCAUGCCACCGAGACGCGACAACCGUGGUGGAGGGCCGGGUGAUAUGAACCGCGGUUUUCCGCCGCCACCUCGAGGUGGACCUCGCGGCGGCGGCGGCGGGGGUGGUGGAAUGUCUGGCGGACCACCCGACCGCGGCUUUGGAGGUAAUCGUGGCAGUGGAGGCGGCGGUGGCGGUGGCUAUGAGGGUGGCCGAGGCGGCUACGGAGGCAACAGAGGCGGCCCACCACCGUACGGGGGUGGAAACUACAACGGCGACGGCUGGGGUAUGCAAGGAGGAGCACCGAACGGUUUGGGCGGAGGUGGAAAUUCUGGAAUGAGUGGCCCUCCCAUGGGUGGCAAUAACCAGGGAAACCAAGGCAACAUGGGUGGUAACAAGACUAGCACCCAGGUCACCAUUCCUAAAGACCUCGCCGGUGCUAUUAUUGGCAAGGGAGGCGCCAGAAUCCGGAAGAUCAGAUCGGACAGCGGUGCCGGCAUUACUAUAGACGAGCCGUUGUCCGGUAGCAACGAUCGUAUCAUCACCAUUACCGGAUUACCCAGUCAGAUACAAAUGGCCCAGUACCUGCUCCAGCAGAGCGUGCACGAGAAUGCAGACCAUUAUUAGGACGUGGUGAAGGAAGCAUUCGGGGGGAGCCAAAGAUGCGUUUGUAAUUUUUUUAAGGAUACUUCGCAAACGGGCAAGCAUAUUCGCGCGAGUAAACAAACAAAAAAACAAAGUGGAAACUGGAACCAUAACGAACGGACUUCACCCGCGUCGAGGAGCGGGGACGCGCUCUCCUCGCGCGUCACCAAAUGAACAAAGCCUCUCUCAGGAAGAAAAGUCAAGAUUGGACUCAGCCAGGAGAUAUCAGAAUUUCCAUUUGAUUCGAUGAACCCGUCGAUAAACCUUGACAAAUCCGGACAUGCAUAGAUGCACGCGCGGGCGCGCGGUAGUAUAUCGGCUUCGCGCCGGACCCUAAUGAGAAUCGACGAUCCUCGUCCAAAAAGGCCAAAGAAAAGGCAUUGUUCAUACGCCUAAAAAAAAAUCAUCGUUCCCACACAUGCGUUUCUUUUAUUUUUUCUUUUUUCGCCAUUUUUUAAUCGUUUUGUAUCGCGUCGUAAUUCUUUUGAUAACUAAUUUUUGUCCCCCUUUUUAUUUCGUGCCCCAUGCGUUUACUUCCCCCCCCCCCCCUUUUAAUCGGAGGAUUCUCAAGACCGUCGAAAUACGAACGACGGUCCUCUUAAGCGAAGAAUUUUAAAGCGCACACAUCAUUGUCUACUAUUUUCCUUCGUCCUCUCGCUACGGGAACAUUCCGAGUGGCUGAGCCUCCCCCGAGAUAUAUGUAAAGAUAUACAUAUACAUAUACAUAUACAUAUACAUAUAUAUAUAUAUAUUAUAUAUAUAUAUAUAUAAAUAUAAAGAUAUACGAGAAUAUAAUCGUCCCGUGCGCACCAAUUUCUUACGAAAGAAAUUCGUUUUGCGGCUGCGCACGGCGUUCCAAGUGUAGAGAGUUGCCUCGAAACAUUUCAAAAAUAGUUUUUCUGCUACACAUGUGAGAACCCAUCAUGGCGCAUUUCGUUCCCGUAGCGAAAAGGUUGAAGGCCGAUGAGCUAAGAAUCAGUGGAAAAUGUUGCGACUAAAUCAAAGGAAGGGACGGACCGCCGAGAGAGGAAGACGACAAUGAAUCGAGAUAGGAUUAUUAUAGUACGCGAAAGGAAUUUUGUAUAUACAUAUAAAAAGAUGAAUAUCGAAAAGAUGAGAAAAAAAAGGAUGAAGAUGAAGAGAGUAAGAUGAAGAUGAAUGGAGAACGAUGACACCACUAACAAAUAUCCUUUCCCUUUCCUUAAUCGCCACGUACCACGUUUCUGCUGUUGCAUCAUGAUUAUUAUUAUUAUUAUUAUUAUAUUAUUAUUAUUAUUAUUACUGUACGAUUAUCUAUAAGAAUAAUUUUGCAUUAAUUAUAUUCCACUCCCUCCCCCAAGUCUCUUGUACUAAUGACACCCUUUAUUCAUAGAUAUCGAGCGCGCGUUAAUACCAGGCGUCUCCUUAAUAAUUUCGCGCGGUAGAAUCGUUAAGUGUCCUAGAAUUAUAAUAAGAAAGCGUGAAAGAGACAAAAGAUAAUAUGAAGCACCAUCGGGUUGACGAAUCGCGGCGUGAUGGAAUCAAAAAAAGUAACGGAGAUGGAAGAACGAAAAAGGAAGGAAGGGAAAAAAAAAGAAGAUGAAUCACUUGCAACGAAGUUUGACACUGUGCAUAGAAAGUUAUUAAGUACACGUUUAAGAAGCCACUUGGAACGUUAAACUCGAGAAGCAGCAGACGCUCGCGACGCUUCGCCAAACCCACAGAGUCCCUGUCUAUUUUACAAGCAACGCCCACAGGCGCGGAAGAGAGGAGCCCGUUGCUUCAGAAAUUCCAUUGGUUCCAUCGUUGCACCGGCGUUCCCGUUCGCUGUUGUUCGAGUUUAACGUGUCGAACAUCGAAUACUUUGGUCUAAAAAAAAAUGGUCUGAAACAGAGAGCACCUUGAUGUCCGACGAGCUGUCGAACAGGAGACGUUUAGCGGCAAGGUCGGUCGAGAAAGGAGACACGACGAAGUUGCCGCGACUACUGCUUCGCUUCGGCUCGCAUUAGCUUUUAGUUUGUAACUCGCAUAAUUCAACACGUUCGCUGCCGACGUGACGCGUAACUAAAUUCCUCAAGGAUUCGAGAGACCGUGCAUCGAGGAAAAUUGAAAGUAUAGAAAAACCGAGAUAAGAUAGCGGUUUCGGUGACCUCCUAUAAAAUGUCUUGGCUGCCGCCUUGAAUCGAUUAAUUUGCAAUGUAAAAAAACGAAAAAAUAGCGCGUGUCAUCGGCGUGCGAGCGACGUGACAAAAAAAAAAACGUUACGGUACAAUAUAUAAUCUCUUCGAUCUUGCGAUCGUGUCGCCGUCUCCGAAGACAUUCGUGUCCAAGAUGUCGGACAUUCGAGUGUACCUUUUCAGGGAUUGCGUGCCGAACCGCGGUUUUUUUCGGAACGUAUGUACGCCGCGUGAGGAAGUCCACGAGCCUAAACUUCGAACGAACUCGUCCUCUUUCCUUCCCCCCCAGUACCUAUAUCCACCGGGAGAGGCGACUUAACUCGUCAACUGUGCUCGACACCGGUCUCCCUCCCCCACUCCCUCGAAACUAAUUUUCUAUCAGCUCGACGUUGGAUUAUAAUCGCGUCCAGUCCGCCCGCGUGUCCGUACUUAUUUGUGUGUGUUUCCAUGCCGAAAAAGCAAACGAGAACACAAUGUGUUAUGAAAAUCCGCUUUCGCACGUUUCGCCACCCUUAUGUUCACGCAGCAUUCAGUUAACGGGUUAAAACGAACGCCGAGCCCCGAGAAAGUCUCGCAGCACCCCUGAACACCUCUCUCUCCUCUAUCCCCGGAUGCUGCAUACACUCUCGUCGAGGAAAAAUGAAAACGAUUUAAGGAUAAAUAGGAUCCGGAGUGUCCCUCCUUGCCAGGGCGACGCUAUACAAAGGGCAUUUUUUUACGCAUCUCAAUGGAAUAGCCGACGGUUCCUCGAACGAACCCGCAUUCUCUUAGGUUUAAUAACGAAGCCACAACAUCCCUCCUAUUUCUCCAAUGAACAGUCCACGGUCGCGUGGUUUUCGUUUGCCACUUCUAGAUACGUUCCGCGUGGGCUCUCCCGUCUCUCGACCUUGCGACCGGUCGCGAACCGAAAAGGGCGAACGGCGAAAAUUGUGUCACAGUUUUUUCGUAGACCGAGUCUUGUAAAGCGUCUUCUGCCCAUGCGUCCUGUUUUGCGUGCGACCCAGCUACGCGGAACGGGUAAACAGAGAUAUGUACACCUAACACAGCUGAACACCCAUACACACACACACAUACACACACGAAAUGCGUGAGAGGAAAGAAAAUUCGGUGCGUUUAUGUGUGCUUGUUGAGAGCGCGCGGAGAUGGAAAACAAAAUCCCCCCCUCCCUCCCCACGGAGAAAGAAAGAAAGUUUUUGACUGUAACCCGCGAACGAACUACGGAGAGAAAGAGAGUGAGAAAGUGUACGAGUAAAAAAUGAAAAGGAUGUAUAUGGGUGAACGAGAGGGAGAGAGAGAGAGAGAGAGAGAGACAAAGUCGCUCGAAUCACGAUGUGUGUACUAUAAUAAGAUAUACAGUUUACAAUUAUUUGUAAUGGAUACUUUUUAUUUGUCAAAUAAAAGUUAGUACAAAUGAAGGCGAAA